AUGUUGCGAUCGUGGGCUUACUAUGCCAGCGCCGCCGACGACGGCUGGACCGCCCAGCAGUCCAAGGACGUGUGGUCCCAGGUCCGCUUCCGGCCGCGCGUCCUGCGCAACGUCGACGGCCCGCUCGACCUGCGCACGCGCAUCGUCGGCAACGAGAGCCGCCUCCCGUUCAUGAUCUCGCCCGCCGCGAUGGGCAAGCUCGCGCACAGCGACGGCGAGCUGUGCCUCGUCGAGGGCGCAGGCCGCGUCGGCAUCGUCUACGCGCCGUCGAACCACUGCUCGGUCGCCCACCACGACCUCGCGGCCGCCGCACGGCCCUCGCAGACCCUAUUCUUCCAGCUGUACGUCCACCGCGAGCGAUGGAGGUCCGAGAAGCAGCUCGCCGACGCCAACGCCAUGGGCUUCAAGGCCGUCAUCAUCACGGUCGACGUCGCCGUGCCGGGCAACCGCGAGCUCGACCUGCGCACGGGCCUCGACGACAACGCCCUCACGCUCGGCAACGAGGGCGCAGAACUCGGCCAGAAGGGCACGCUCGCGGUGGCGACGACGGCGGCGACCAUCGACGCGUCGGUGACGUUCGACGACAUCGCCUGGGUCAAGAAGGCGUCGGGCGGGCUCCCCGUCUUGGUCAAGGGCAUCCAGUGCGUCGAGGACGCGCUCGCCGCAGUCGCCGCAGGCGCAGACGGGCUCGUUCUCUCGAAUCACGGCGGGCGACAAGUCAACACCGCCACCACGCCGCUGGAGAUCCUCCUCGAGCUCCGCCACCACGCCCCGCACCUCCUCUCGUCCACCGACAAGCUCACCAUCAUCGUCGACGGCGGCGUCCGUCGCGGGACCGACAUCGUCAAGGCGCUCUGCCUCGGCGCGCACGCCGUCUCGCUCGCGAGGCCGUUCAUGUACAGCCUCGUUUACGGGCCCGACGGCGUCGAGAAGGUGGCGCGGGUCCUCGAGGACGAGGUCGUGCGCGCGAUGAAGCUCCUGGGCGUGACGAGCGUCGGCGAGUUGGGCCCGCAGUUCGUCAACACAAGCAGGCUCGACCGGCUGGUGUUCGGGGGCAAGCUGUGACCGCACGAGGUGCUGCAUCGUCGUUGUUGUCGCCACU